GAUGAGAUUCCUCGUGAUGAUCCUAGCUCACCAACAGAGGAAACCCUUCAUCAUAUAAUUCCAAAUAACAAACUUGAAGAGGCUGUUCUGGUUCACGACACAAUACGGGAUGGUGACACUGAUGCCGUAGCAGAAACGAGGCUAGAACCACUUCGAGCAAAUUUGGAAAAUUUCGUAAACCAGGAACGCAUGAGAACCAUCAUCGAGGGUCAACUUGAUGCCCAAGGUCAACUGAAGCAACAAAAGCUCGUCGGUACUUUUCUGCACGCUGCAAUUUCGUGGAAUCCCAAUAAUUUAGUCAGAGGUCCUCUUCCUGAAUUCCGAGCCAAUGAUCCUAAGAGUGAUAUCGACAAGGAAAUAGGGAACCUGCAGACACAAGAGCAUCAGGACGCUGUCAAGCAGUUUGACACAGCGCCAUCAACAGAGAAGCUCGACAGGCUCGCAAAAUUUCCAGCUACUAUACCUGUCGACUGGCACAAACCCCCUGGACAGCAGAAAUACGUUGCUACUCAGGUAACGCACCACCUGCGAGGGAUGGCAACCCAAAACUUCAUUAAGACCUGUUUUGAACAGGGCACCUACACAGUGCUGCUAGUGCCGCGUGUUCUCACAGCAGAGGGCGCACAGCGCUCUGGUGUCUAUGUGCACAAGGAUGGACUGCAUCUAGAUGAAAUCAAAUGGUUUGAGGACAUGGACUGGGGAAGAGACAGAGUUCUGAUGCCGACUCUGAAAACAUCUAGUUACGGUGAUUACGUACUCCACGUUGGACUGAUCGACACUAAGUAUUUCGAGUCCAGGGAACAACUAGAUUCCCUGUAUUCCAAGGACUGGCAGGACGCUGAGCCGUGCUAUCCAGACGCCACAGUUACAACCGUCGAGCAAGUUUCGUUUCGGGAAGCACUGAAACUAAUGACCGUCGACAUUUGGUGCGACAUGGAUUAUUUUUUGGCCAAUCGGGACGAGAUGGAAAAGGAUUUAGGUCGCAAGUUGCCUAAUCUGGAUUUGGACGAUAAGGAUUUGUUGAAGCAGUUGGAAGACGAACUAUUUUAUAAACAAUCUGUGAAGAUUUUCGGUCGAGAAGAAGGCGAUGAUGAAAAGUCUGCAGUGACCUUCACAGACUUCCGUCAUUUGUUUUUUGAUGGGAACGAAAGGUUUGGGACUGCCAGGCAUGGGAAACACUACGUGGUUUUCUUUCACGUCACGGGCUGACGUUUUGAAACCCAAGUGAUGUGUUACUUGUGAGACCAUCCCAAUAAAUUUGGCAUGUUUAACAUUUUUAACAAAUUAAAGACGACAGUGUGUGAC